AUGUCAUCGAUAGUAAAACCAUCAAUUCUUUCCCUUUCUCCGAAGGGGUUUGCAUCACUUCUUCGUUCGCAUGGAAUUGGUACUUUUCAUGCUAUAUUUGAUCCAAAAAUUGGUAAAGUAGUUACUUCCAAUCCUAUCUUACAACCUAUUGGAGAUUAUUUUGCAGAAGAGAAGACCGACUUCGAUGGGCAUGAAGGGAUUUUUGGUCAGAUUGGACCCGUUUCUGGAGUUUUACAGGGUGCCUUUAUACACAGAACUUGUCGAGGUCAAGGAGCAGGCGGCGUGAGGAAUUGGGGUUAUAAUACUAUCGAAGAUUGGUUUCGUGAUGGAAUUAGAUUGUCUAAGGGCAUGACUCACAAAAAUGCCCUUGCAGAAUUAUG